GUUUGCGUACACAGUGGCCACUGUCCUCCUCAGCACUGUGGUGCGCCAACUGAAGCUGCAUCAGGUGAAGGGACAUGUGGUAGAGGCCAGAUCUGAGCUGGUGUCCACGCCUAAAGAUGACACAUGGAUCACUGUGAGCAGAAGAAGCUAACUAACAGUGGACAUUUGUCUCAAACUCCAUCUGUGGAAGAGGAACGGAGUUAUUUGGGAAAGUACUUGUCAGUUAGCUCAGGUUCUAGACCGAGUGGAACUGUUUAAAAUAACUGUAAACAUGAUGGUGAGCUUUGUAGGGCUACUUGUCAGUCAGCUCUUGAAGAUAGUUUUGAGUAGCUCAAGUCAGUAACAAUGGCGACACGGUCAUUUGAGCUACCACCUGAAGUAGCUUUUUGUCCCCCCUAUUUCAAUAUGAGGAUCAUUACCUAUCUUUUCAAGCUGCAUGACCAUUUAUGUUUUUGUCUUAAACCUUGCCUUAAACCACAUGCUGCCCAAGUGAAGGCUAUUUUAUCUCCGCUCUUGGACUUAUGAACAACAUUCCAGCUGAACUGCCUUCCAAAACACGUGGUCUCCACUCCCCCAGAUACAUGGCAUUUAUACAGUUCAUCUAAUAAAGUUUACACUACUUGUGUGUUAGGAUAGGAAUAUAAUAUUUUGCACAUUUGUUGCAGCCACCCGGUUGUGAGCGUAUCCUGCAUCUGUCAAGAGGUCUAGGCCAUUAUUGUCAACAAGUGCUCACUCUGUAUCUGCAGGGUCUCUGAUUCAAUCCCCCAGCCCUGUUUCCCCUGUAUCGCUUCGUUAGCAUUGAUUGUUUAAAAUGUGUAAUACUUAAACAUUUAAAUAAUAUCAGUAACAUCUGGAUUUAUUAACAGCCUUUUUCCAUGUGGUAUUGUUUCCUUUCAAAACAGAAUCUUGAGGUUUUCUCAUAAUUUACACCAGUCACAAUGUAAAUAGGCAAGGAAUUGAAAGAGCAGAGAUCUAGGUAUCACAUCCACUUCCGUUUAUUAUUCAAUUUGUCACGGAUUGUCACACUCUCCGUCAUAGUUGGGAUGCCCAACGCCACCUCUGCAUGAGCGGUGGAGAGGCUUGGAUCUGGCUUGCAUUGAUUGCUAAAGAUGUGAAAAUGGCGGAGUUACAAAUGCUUUUGGAAGAGGAGAUUCCAGCUGGACGUAGUGCAUUAUUAGAUAGUUUUACCAAUUUGGAAAGAGUUGCCGAGUAUUGCGAAAGCAACUAUGUUCAG